AUGGAGUGGGAGCUCAACUUUCUGCUCUACCUGGCGCUCUUUUUCUUCCUGCUCUUCUUACUUUUCCUAUUGCUCUUCGUGGUCAUCAAGCAGCUGAAGAACUCUGUGGCCAGCACGGCUGGGGCGCUCCAGCCCGGGCGUCUCUCACUGCACCGGGAGCCUUGGGGCUUCUCCCGAGAGCAAGCGGUGUGA